AUAAAUUGUGAAAUUUAAACUUCUUUUAUUAUUUUUUUUUUUUCGAGUUAUCAUUAGUCCUUUUUAUGUUCUAGCAUCGGAAGAAUUGUCUAUUGGAAAUAUGAGAUUCACAACUUUUGAUCUGGGGGGCCAUACUCAAGCACGUCGUGUAUGGAAGGAUUACUUUCCGGCUGUUGACGCGAUAGUAUUUCUCGUCGAUGCGAGUGACAGAUCAAGAUUACCAGAAUCAAAAGCCGAGCUGGAUGCAUUAUUAACUGACGAACAACUCAGCAUGUGUCCGGUUCUUGUACUAGGCAAUAAAAUUGAUAAACCAUCUGCAGCUUCUGAGGACGAACUUAGGAAUUUCUUCAAUCUGUAUGGGCAAACAACAGGAAAGGGUAAAGUCGCUCGUAUUGAGAUACCCGGCCGUCCACUGGAACUAUUUAUGUGCUCAGUUCUGAAACGACAGGGAUACGGGGAAGGCUUCCGUUGGCUCGCACAGUAUAUCGAUUAAACGUAUCUAUUAUUGUACACAUGACAGACAGAUUCUUGACAGUUUCAUCAUACAUUACUUUCCUCUGAUAACGAUGUUGAUACCGGAAUUGUAAUAUUUUUCGCAUGAAUUCAGCAGCAUAGAAGAGGAAUACUGUUUCACCGAUCUCAAAAAAGAUAGAGAAUCCAAGCAGUAAAUGAGAAAUUCGAGAUUUUCCACAAAUAGAGAUGAAUAUUCUCGAAAACAUUGUACACGCGGAUGAUAGGACUUUGAUUUUCUUUAUUUAACAUUGACAUGCGAACAACUCUUGGGGAAAUUGUCAUUCUUUUUUCUGUAUAUUUCGAAUUCCAAUACAAAUUUCAUGGAAUCCUAUCAUUUUGCGAGUCACACUAGACGAAUACCAUUAAUACGUGCUGAAAAAUGAAAUAAAAACAUUUUGAUAAAUAAAACUAAUAAA